AUGCGUGCGAUCGUCCAACGAGUCAGAGAGGCGUCGGUCACAGUGGAUAAUGAAGUGAUCUCUUCCAUCGGCCGGGGUCUCAUGGUGCUCGUUGGUAUAGGGAGAGAUGAUACCGCGACUGACCUCGAGAGCCUAACUAAACAAAUCCUGUCGUUGAAGGUCUUUUCCGACGAUGCCUCGGGUGCUAUGUGGAAAAAGAACGUCAAGGACAUUGAUGGCGAGGUUCUCUGCGUCUCCCAGUUCACGCUCUUCGCCUCCGCCGCCAAGGGGAAGCCCGACUUCCACCGGGCGAUGGCGACAGGUCCCUCUCGGGACUUGUACGCGUCUCUCCUGGACCGGAUGGGCGAAUUGUAUAGGUCAGACAAGAUCAAAGACGGACGGUUCGGCGCUAUGAUGGACGUACGGCUGACGAACGAGGGCCCCGUAACUUUUACAUUGGACUCGAGGAAGUUUGAAUACGUCGGUCUGCCGUUGGAAAGCGCAAUUCCGAAUAAGGGCCCCAAGGGCACGCCUACUGCGUCGGGUAAACAAACGCCUCGGGCACAAGAAGAACCAGCAUCUUUGGCAGGUGAUGCUCAGCCCGCAGCGUAG